AUGAGCAUUGGGACCCGUGCACAAGAAAAUCAAAAAAAAAAGAGAAAAGAAAAGAGAAAGAAAGAAAAAGGAAAAGGAAGAAACCCUAGCUAUCGCUCGCCGCCGUCGAGUACCCGAUCUGCUCAAGCCUUCUUCCGUCAGCUCAGCCGCCUUCGCUGCCGGUGUCCAGCCAGAACAAUCGGAAGCCUAGCCGCGUCGAGUCAGGAGUUGCGAAGCCGCCGCGACAAGCAAGCCGAACUCCCCGUUCGCCAGCCGUCGCUCUCACAGAUCGAAAGCCACCGCAUCUCGUCAGCCGAAACCUUCGUCUGCAGCCGUCGCCGAGCACCGCUAAAGCCACCCGUCGAAGCCGCGGUGUUAGUCGGACCACCCGCAAACCCAUCGUGCCGCCCGAGUCUGGAAAUCAGCGCCUCGCCCCCGCGUAAACUCGACCCGGUCGAGCCUCCACUCCGCGACUCGAUCGACCCGCGCCCGCACGCGCACAGCACAUGCGCCAAGCCGAGCCGCGCCCGCGUCGUAGUCGAGCCGCUCCUCUCCGCGUCGCACCUGUCUGCGCUGUGUCCGAGCCGAUCCCAGCCUUCAAGUCGAGCCGGUUCCUGCUUCUCCAGCCAAGCUAACCCGCCUGCCCUUGAGCCGUCAGUCUGCUCCGGUUCCUUUCCAUCUACUUUGGAACGUCUUGGACCGAGUGACCUUGGAGUGUUGGAUUUCUUCAGUAGGGGCUCAAGCGUUGCAACCUCGAUCGUGGACUUGCGCCGCUUAGGGAAGCGUGUUGUUACUAUUAGGACUCGUCGAGCAAAUCUCCAGGUAGAGGUCGAGGUAGGGGCAAGGGCAAGCUGGCGAGCGACCAGAAGUGACCGUGGUGAGCCAUAGGAAUUUCUGCUUCCGCUUACACCCCGUUUUAGACACUUAGUACUUGAGUUUCAUUUUCUUUCUUAUUUACUAUUUCAUUUCUUUAAAAGUAGAUAGGGUCGGAGUAGGAUUUUAAUUUUUAUUUAUGUUUUGCUCACUACCCUGAUUUGAUUUUAUAAAUAAAAUUAUGAGGUUUUAUUCGUUUUAA